CUUGCUGAUGCCUUGUAUGGAUACUUCAUCAACAACGGUUGAAUGGAUUUUUUCAGAACUCUUAAGGAACCCUGAUGUAAUGAAAAAACUCCAGAAUGAGUUGGAACAAGUUAUUGGUAAAAACAGAAUGGUAGAAGAAUCAGACUUAGAAAAUCUGGAGUACUUAGAUAUGGUUAUAAAAGAAGGUUUUAGGCUCCAUCCAGUAGUACCACUAUUAAUUCCUCACGAGUCCAUUGAAGAUUGCACGGUUGAUGGUUUUCAUAUACGUAAAGGAUCUCGAAUUUUGGUCAAUGUUUGGGCAAUUGGAAGAGAUCCAGAUAUUUGGCCUGAGCCAGAAAAUUUCAAACCAGAGAGAUUUUUGGGAUGCAACAUUGAUGUCAAGGGACACAGUUUUCAACUUUUACCAUUCGGCUUUGGUAGAAGAAGUUGCCCUGGUUUGCAGCUUGGCCUCACCAUUGUCCAAUUGUUGGUAGCACAAUUAGUUCACUGCUUUGAUUGGGAGUUACCAAAUAAUAUGCUGCCAAAAGAUCUUGACAUGAAUGAGAAAUUUGGUUUAGUUACUGCAAGAGUUCAACAUAUAAUGGCCAUUCCUACAUAUCGAUUGCAUGUAUAG